UGUGGGAUUACAUACAAAGCAGAAAGUAGCAUGGGUAUAGGUAAUCUCCGACGUCAUAUCCUUAAUCAAUAUCUGAAACAGAAAACUAGUGAUAUUGCUCAAGCAUUGUUAGAACAAGGUGAUAAAAGUCUUGCCAUUAGGUCACAAAGGUUUAACCAAGAAAGAUUUAGAGAGUUGCUAAUCUUAGCAAUUGUGAAGCAUGAUUUACCUUUUCAGUUUGUGGAAUAUGAGGCAAUUAGAUCUAUUUUUACGUAUUUGGAACCUCAAGUAAAUUAUUUCACUAGAAACACCGCAAGGACUGAUAUUCUCAAGAUGCAUAAAAAUGAAUGCAAUAGAAUAGCUCAAGAAAUGCAUUCAUGCCCUGGAAAAAUUUGUUUCACUUCUGAUUUGUGGACUUCUAUUGCCACUAAUGGUUAUAUAUGCUUGACAGCACAUUUCAUUGAUUCUAAUUGGGUUUUACAAAAAAGGAUAAUUAACUUCUCUUACAUGCCUCCACCUCACUCUGGUAUUGCAUUGUGUGAUAAAAUUAAUAGUUUAUUCAAUGUUUGGGGAAUUCAGAGAAAGAUUUUCAUAAUUACAUUAGACAAUGCGACUGCAAAUGAUGUGUUUGUUGGCCUUUUAAGGGAUCAACUUGGUUUAAAUUGUUCAUUAGUGAGUGGUGGCGAGUUUUUGCAUGUUCGUUGUUGUGCACACAUUCUCAAUUUAAUUGUGCAAGAAGGUUUGAAAAGAAUUGAUAGUUCUGUUGAUAAAAUUCGUGAAUGUGUAAAGUAUGUGAAAGGCAGUCAAGUGAGAAUGCAAAAGUUUAUAGAAUCGGUUACCCAAACUUCACUUGAUUCUAAGAAAUCACUAAGGCAAGAUGUUCCUACUAGAUGGAAUUCUACAUAUUUGAUGCUUUCUAGUGCCAUGUAUUAUCGACGUGCUUUUAAUCAUUUGAGAUUGGCUGAUACUAAUUUCACACAUUGUCCAUCGGUUGAUGAGUGGGGACAAGUUGAAAAAAUAUUCAAAUUCCUUGAGGUUUUCUAUGAGACAACAACUUUGUUUUCUGGAGUGAAAUAUCCUACUGCCAACCUUUACUUUCCUCGCAUCUUUACGGUUCAGUUGACAAUAAGUCAAGCCUUGCAAAGCUCUGAUGAUUUCAUGAGAUCAAUGGCCAAUCGGAUGUUUCAUAAAUUUGAUAAGUACUGGAAGGAUUAUAACAUUUUGUUUGCCAUUGCCGUGAUAGUUGAUCCGAGGUUCAAGAUGCAAUUUGUUGAGUUUUGUUACAACAAGUUAUAUGGACAUGGUAGUAAUGAAUUAAGUCUUGUGAGAUCCAAAUUGGUUUCUUUGUUUGAGGAAUAUAUGCACAUGGGAAUUGCUUCCAAGGUAAGUACUAGCAGUGCAUCUUCGAGCUCUCAUAGUGCCAUUGAUGAUAAUGCUUCUCUUGCUCUAAAUUUAGGCAGCGGAUGCAUGGAUGUUUUGAAGGAAUUUGACACUUUUCAAAGUUUAGAAUUCAUUGGCAGAGCUCAAAAGAGUCAAUUAGAGCUAUAUUUGGAAGAACCAACAAUUGAUAGAAUAACAAAAUUGGAUGUUCUCGGGUUUUGGAAAGCUCACCAAUUUAGGUAUCCUGACCUUGCACAAAUGGCUAGAGAUAUCUUGAGUGUUCCAAUUUCUACAGUUGCUUCUGAAUCGGCUUUUAGCACCGGUGGUAGGAUACUUGACCAAUAUCGCAGUGCAAUGAAGCCUGAUGUUGUUGAGGCAUUAGUUUGUUGUAGAGAUUGGUUAGCUGGAGGGAAAGAAACUACUGAGGUGGGGUUGAAUGAUUUGACUGAAAAUAUUAUGAAUUUAUUCACAAAUGAGGAUACUGAAUCAAAACCUACUGCAACACAUGAUUGAUGAUUCUAAUGAAAAGUUUGACUCGGUACAAAGGAGGAGUAAAACAAUGGAAAAGUGGAGCUUGAAACUGAAAGUUAUUUUGUGAAGCUUGAAAACUUUUUUAUUUUGUAUUGAUAUCAUAAAUUUUCUUAUAUAGACUCUGGACUCUAU